AUGGCGGUGUUCGACUGUCUUUCUGGUGUCCACGUGUGGAACGAAACUCCUAAGAAAGACUGCAUCCGGCAGGAACAGCAAAACACUAUUGCGAUCACUUAUUGGUCUAUUAUUCAGGACAGAAUAUUCAAGCACAUAUCACGUAACAGUUUAAUAUGGAACAAACAUCCUGGAGGAUUGUUCGUCCUACCACAGUAUUCAUCUUACCUGGGAGAUUUCCCUUACUACUAUGCUAAUUUAGGUUUAAAGCCCCCCUCUAAAUUCACUGCAGUCAUCCAUGCUGUGACACCCCUGGUCUCUCAGUCCCAGCCAGUGUUGAAGCUUCUUGUGGCUGCAGCCAAAUCCCAGUACUGUGCGCAGAUCAUAGUUCUGUGGAAUUGUGACAAGCCUCUACCAGCCAAACACCGCUGGCCUGCCACUGCCGUGCCUGUCAUCGUCAUUGAAGGAGAAAGCAAGGUUAUGAGCAGCCGGUUUCUGCCCUACGACAACAUCAUCACUGAUGCUGUGCUCAGCCUUGAUGAGGACACUGUGCUUUCAACUACGGAAGUGGAUUUUGCCUUCACCGUGUGGCAGAGCUUCCCGGAGAGGAUUGUGGGAUAUCCUGCUCGCAGCCAUUUCUGGGAUAAUUCGAAGGAGCGGUGGGGAUACACAUCCAAGUGGACGAAUGACUACUCUAUGGUGUUGACAGGAGCUGCUAUCUACCACAAAUAUUAUCACUACCUGUAUUCCCAUUACCUGCCAGCCAGCCUGAAGAACAUGGUAGACCAACUGGCCAACUGUGAGGACAUUCUCAUGAAUUUCCUGGUGUCUGCUGUGACAAAAUUGCCUCCAAUCAAAGUGACCCAAAAGAAACAGUAUAAGGAGACAAUGAUGGGACAGACUUCCCGAACAUCCCGCUGGGCUGACCCUGACCACUUUGCCCAGCGACAGAGCUGCAUGAAUACCUUUGCCAGCUGGUUUGGCUACAUGCCGCUGAUCCACUCUCAGAUGAGGCUCGACCCGGUCCUCUUUAAAGACCAAGUCUCAAUCCUGAGGAAGAAAUACAGAGACAUUGAACGACUUUGAGGAAUCCCACUGAGUGGGGGAGGGGAAGCAAGAUGGGACUAGAGUUCAGCUGCUCUCUCCUCCCAAUGCAGAUCCGCUGCUCGUGCCCAUCGGUGGAGCCAGACUGUGCCAAGUAUCAAAAAAUGAAAAAAAUCAAAAAAACAAACAAACAAAAAAAAGACAAGAAAAGGAAAAAAAAUAUAAACAGCUUAGAUGAACACAGUGACAAAACUCAGCUGGAAUCCUGGCUCCUGGGGCUGCGCCAGACUGCUCCACUCACCUCACUGGCUUCUGUGUCCCACGACUAGGUUGUGUACAGUUUAAUUAUGGAACAUUAAAUAAUUAUUUUUGAAAUGAU